AUGUUCUCUGCAUUCUUUGCUACUGCAUCAAGCAAGCUUUUCUUGCAGCACGAGGAGAAGGCAUUCCUUGACUGGAUGCGUUCCACAAACAACAUGUUUGUUGGCGAUGAAUACCACUUCCGCCUUGGUGUUUACAACACAAACAAACGCCGUGUUCAGGAGCACAACAGAGCUAACUCUGGCUACCAGCUUACAAUGAACCACCUCUCCUGCAUGACACCAUCCGAGUACAAGGUUCUCCUUGGUCACAAGCAAACAAAGAAGAUCGAGGGCGAAGCCAAGAUCUUCAAAGGCGAUGUUCCAGACGCUGUUGACUGGCGUAACGCUAAGAUCGUUAACCCAAUCAAGGACCAGGCUCAAUGCGGUUCUUGCUGGGCUUUCUCCGUUGUCCAGGCUCAGGAAUCCCAGUGGGCUCUUAAGAAGGGCCAGCUCCUUUCCCUCGCUGAACAGAACAUGGUCGACUGCGUUGACACAUGCUAUGGCUGCGAUGGUGGUGAUGAAUACCUUGCUUACGACUAUGUUAUCAAGCACCAGAAGGGUCUCUGGAUGUUAGAGACAGACUACCCAUACACAGCUCGCGAUGGCUCAUGCAAGUUCAAGGCUGCUAAGGGUGUUACACUUACAAAGUCAUAUGUCCGCCCAACAACAACACAGAAUGAGGACGAACUCAAGGCUGGUUGCGCUAAAGGCGGUGUUGUUUCAAUUGCUAUCGAUGCUUCUGGCUACGACUUCCAGUUGUACUCCUCUGGUAUCUACAAUCCAAAGUCCUGCUCAUCCACAUUCCUUGAUCACGCUGUCGGUCUCGUUGGCUACGGCACAGAGAACAAGGUUGACUACUGGAUCGUUCGUAACUCCUGGGGCACAUCUUGGGGUGAGAAGGGCUACAUCCGCAUGAUCCGUAACAACGGCAACAAGUGCGGUGUUGCUACAGAUGUUAUCAUCCCACAGGUCGAGUAA